ACCAUUAAUCACAAAAUUAUCACAAACACACACAAACACAUCCCUUCUAUCAAUUUGCUAUGGCAUCAUCCAUGACCAUGACCAUGACCGCCUCCUUCUUGGGUGGCGCCGCCGCUGCAAAAACGGUCACAGCCACCAACCGCCGUGGCCCAUUGGCCAUUAAGGCCUCCAUGGACUCUGUGAAGGCGGUGGUGGCUGAGAGCAGCAACACGAGACGGGGCCUCGUGUUGGCUGUCGUGGCCGCUGCAGCAUCCUCCAUCACGACAAUCGCAAUGGCCGAAGAGCCGAAACGCGGAAGCGCGGAGGCUAAGAAGAAGUACGCGCCGAUUUGUGUCACAAUGCCUACGGCUCGUAUUUGUCGCAAUUGAUGUUAAUAUGAGAUCCAAUGUUUUAAUUUUAAUGUUUCUUAAUCAAUGAUGUAAAAUCGUAUUCUUGUUUGCUAAAUUAUGGUAUGCUUUUAUUUAUUUUUAAA